AUGACCACUGCAACCAAAACCGGUCAUGGCGAUACUGACGCCAACAACCGCAAUACCUUCCACGCCACCAAUGUCAACCCCACCAUUUCCCUUUCAGCUCUCGAAAGCCUCAUGGCCACCAACUACGACAAACCCACCACUACACAACCCACCACCAACGGUAAUAUCACCCACGACGCUGGCCUUGUCCGAGUGCCAAGCAUGCCAAACGACCCUGCAAUUUCUGCAGUACUUGCCCCUUUUCUCCACGACUUUCUCCAGGACACAGGCAUGGCAACAACCACGACUAGUCGCAAGAGGGUCUUCAAGGCCAACAAGACUGGCGAAAAGUACACCGAGACCGAAGUCCUUGGCGAGGGUGUCUACAAGGUUGUCGAUCGAUUCAGAGAUCACUGUGUCGUCAAGGCACCCAAGGAAACACUCUCCGUUACCCUGAUCCAGCAGGAAAUCCACCAUUUAGAAAAACUGCGUGGUCACCGCAACGUGGUCCAGUACUUUGGCGUGGUCUACGACUCGGACGGGAUGUAUCUUCGACAGGAACUCUGUCUUCCCAGGAACUUGGCGUCGCUGAUGGCCAAACGCAAGUUCUUGACUGAGCCCGAAGUUCGCUAUUUUGUGAAACAGAUUGUCGAGGGCGUACGGGCGAUUCAUCGGAACAAAAUCAUUCAUCGUGAUUUGAACCCGGGAAACAUCUUAGUCGGUGAAGGGAUGGUCCUCAAGAUCUCUAGUUUUGGAUCUUCUGUCUCCAUGUCCCAGAAAUACAUUGGCUUCAUUGGUUCGGUGGGAUUUGUUGCGCCAGAGGUUGUCAAGAAGGAGAAGCACACGGCUGGAAUGGAUAUUUUUUCGAUCGGUAUUAUUGUAUACAUGAUGUUAAACUGCAGGCGGCCCCGGAUAACAGACAGAUACGAAGUAUACCCACCACCGGGAAAGUUUUACAAAAAGAUCCGGGGGAGCAGGGACGCCAGGGAAUUCAUCAGGUGGGCACUCAAGAUCGAUCCCAAAACGCGUGCGCUGAUCAUGGAUCUGGCGUUCCAUAAUUUUCUCAAGGACGAAUUAUGUCCCAUGACACUUCCCGAAUCUGUCUUUGACACUGCCCCCGUCCUCGAAGACAUCAUUUACGAUACCAAGAAGAGCGACAUCAAGAAGAGCGACAGCAACAAGCGAGAAGCGGGGGAAAUCGGUAGUGGCGACGGCAAAGCACCCGCAGCAGUGGGAUUGGAUGACAAUGGGCAGCAAAAUAAGGUCCCGUACACUGCUACGUUGGCGGAAAUAAACAAGAGACGCAGACUGGACGCUUUCACAGAUAAGGAGAAAACGGAUUGGGAUAUCAGGGAUCUCAUAGCCAGGAAGCGAGAGUUGAAUGACUGGUGGAAGACGACGAACGCGCGGAUGCAGGCUGAAGAGAACAAGUUGAAGGCCAAGUAUGGAGCAGAUAUCGACCUCAAUAUUCCUCCUGAUGACGCCUCGUUUUCACUCAACCUCGGUGGAGAUGCCAACUUGACGCUUUCGUAG